GAACACAAUGAGUAUCCCCUUCUUUUUACGUGGAUCAAGAAAGCUUCUUGUUUGUCAUUAAUCUAAUUCCAAUCCAUAGGAUAUGGCAGAAGCCUCAACGAAAUCCUUUCUGCAAGGAUUGCGUUCUAUAAUAUUGCAAGAGGAUGGACUGGUUUGCAAUAGGAAGAGAGAAUCCAUAGCAACAAUAAUCCAUGGCGCGGACAAUUGUAUCGAUCAGUAUGUCCCUGAGACGAGAAGUCAAGAUGGGUCUGAUCAGAAGGCACAAUUUUGCAGCGAAUUAGAGAAGAUCGAUACACGUCUUGCCGGAAUUUCAAGCCAAAGAUCUCAACUCAACAUGCCACUGCUACUGAUGUCAGAAGCAAAAGAAGAAAUUGGGCAAAGUUCUUCUGGUGAUGGUGUUGAUCUAGUAGGUGAGGAAUCUCUUGCUCCCUUUGCAUUGAAUUAUAGAAACUUGCCUUCUUGCCUCAGAUCCUGCUUACUCUACUGUUCUCUCUUCUCUGAGAAUAUUUUAAUAAGUAGAGGGAGAUUAGUUCGGCUAUUGGUUGCUGAAGGUAUUAUACAAGAAAGAGCAGGGGAAGUAAUGGAGAAUAUUGCUGAAGAAAAUAUCAACCAACUAGUUGGCCAACGAAUGCUUCGAGUUGAAAUUAAAUACAAAAAUGAAAUGAUCGAAGUUGUGGACCCUUAUCUUAAAAUCUGUCGACAUAAGCUGCACCAAGGAAAAGGUAUGGAAGGGAAUCUACUGUUUUCAGAUUCUAAUUUUCCCAAGAGUUCCUCCAUAGUUUUCAUUCUAUACAGUGGUGAAACUAUCACUUCUAGUAGCUUCAAUGAUCACCCUGUGCGAUCAUUAUUUGUCAUUGGAGACAUUUCAACAGGAUUAACUUCUGCAGACCAUUGGGAGGAAGGCAUUCCUGACAAUCACUGGACCUGCAUAAGAAAAGCCAUCCAUAAUUUCAAUUUCUUGAGGGUUUUGGAACUUGAGAAUCUUUGUAUCAAGAGCUUACCAGAAGAAAUAGGAGAUAUGAUACAGUUGAGGUAUCUAGGCUUAAAACAUUCAGCACUGGAUGAGAUUCCAGAGAGCAUAGGUAAUCUUCAAAAUCUACAAACUUUGGAUAUUAGAUACCCAAGAAGUCUAAGGGUAUUGCCAGGAGCAGUUUUGAAUCUUCUACAGUUGAGGCACCUUAAGUUGUCAAUGAUGUUUAAAAUAAAAGUCCCCUCAGGUAUGGGUAUAUUAACAAACCUCCAGAGUUUAACUGGAUUAUAUGUAAGACAUGGCAUCAUUGAAGAAUUAAGAAGUUUAACUCAACUCAGGAAACUAGAAUUGAUUGAUGUAUCAGAAGAACAUGGCAGUGAGCUCUCUGCUUCUAUAAUGAAGAUGACAGGACUUGUGUCUUUAUCUCUGGCUACAAAAGACAUAAUAGCUUACCUACUCGACUAUGAGAAUGAUGAACUGUUGCCUACACUCGAGCAAUUUUCACCACCGCCAUCUAUCAAAAGACUUCACCUAUAUGGGCGUCUAAUGGAUCUACCUCACUGGGUCUGCACCAUGGAGAACCUCACUAUGCUAAAAUUAGGUUAUUCCUUUCUAUCUGAAGAAGCAUUUUCUGUACUUCAAUUUCUUCCCAACUUGAAAUAUCUAAGACUUUGGGGAGCUUACGAGGUCAAAGUAAUAAACAAGGAUUUUUUCAAGGUGGGUGGGUUUCCUAAGCUAGAGACACUUAUUAUUUAUUCUAAGAAUCUACUAGAAUGGACUGAGAUUGAAGAAGGGGCACUGCCAAGUUUGUCAUUCCUCUUCUUCCUCUAUUGUAAACGAUUGAGGAAUCUUCCAGAAGGACUGCAAUAUAUUAGCAUGCUAAGAGUACUGGAGAUAUGGCCCUUGCACCCAGAUCUUGAACGGAGGUUGAAAUGUGAUGGAGGCAAAGAUAAUUACAAGAUCAAACACAUCCCAGAAAAACGUUUUUUCUCUUCAUUCCUAAACACAUGGGUUGAAAUUUAAUGCCAUGUUCUGUCAACUGAAGAAAAAGAAAAUUACAAAGUCAAGCACAUCCCUUGGUUGAAACGGCCUCUCGACAUUCUCGUGGUAAGGCUAUGGAGUUCGCAUCACCCCAGACUUCACACAUGCGGGAGCCUCGUGCAUCGGGUACGCCUUUUAUGUAUUUUUUUCUUUUUAAGAUGAUCAGUUAACAGAAAGACUAUUUGAUUAGGCAAAACUCAAUAUGCCAUGUUGAAUUGCAGAUCACAUUGUAGUGAUAUGAGCUACUUUUGACAUCUGUAAAUGAAUUCAUAUCUUAAAGGGUGUUUGCCAAGCUUGGUUGAAACAAAGAGAAUUAUAAUAUCAAACAUAAGCCAAGUGAAGUUCAUAUCCCUA